GGAGUAUAUGUGUAGAUACAGCAAUUGUUGCUAUUUUCUUAUUUCCUUAAACCUUUUGAAAUUUUGUGGGUGAUUUUAAUUGUAGAUGUUUUUUUAAAACCAUUUAUUUAAUGUCCAACACACGAUUAUUAUAAGUGCAUGUCUCUUUGUAGCAAGACAGUUUUUCUGUUUAAGUCGAAUUCAAAUAUUAUGAGAAGACUCAUCUAGCUGUAUUAGAUCACAACAUCUAAGCUUAAAAAUUGUGACCCGUAUAUAAUUAAUGACUCAUGAAAACGCCGAAGCAAAUAUAAUUUGAUAGACAAAUAUCAUAAAUGUCAAAAUACACGUCUCAUCCACUUAAUACAAAUAGACAAUAUCUAACUUAUUUCCAUUAACCACAAAACGACAACUAAACGACCUAAACCCUCUUUAGAAGAGAGCUAAAUUAUAGCGAUUUACAAAACAAACUUUAAUUUGAUCUAAUGACAAGAGGAAAAAUUAAAAAAAAAAAUCCCAAAAUUCAAAAAAAGAAAAUUUAUAGAAAAAAAUAAUGUAUUUAAAUGUAAAUUAUUCGAAAGAUUGUCUUAUUAUUAUUAUUAUUAUUAUCGCGUGUUGCCAUAUGGAGUCCACAAUAUUUCAAAUUUGCUCUGAAAUGUUUGCUAGGUUUGAUGUAUUUUUGUUUUAAAAGAGAGAGUUCGGGAAAAAAUACACAAUAUUUUGAAAUUGAAGAUAAAUAACCUUAUAAAUAUUUUUUUUUAAAAGAAUAAAUGUAACUCGGAAUCUCGGAAGAUGUGUAUAGUGGUGAAAAUUGAAAUUCGACCCGUAAAAAUAACAAAGAAGAGAGAAGCUCAAAAUCUGCUCCUCAUUCCUCUACAGGUCGAUUCUUCAUUCUUCUACUCAACAGAUGCGUAGAAAGUGAAUGUAAUGAACUUGAAGACAGCCUUGGGAUGCCUCAGUGCCUGGAGAAUCAGUUUCUAGUUGGAUUUCCUGCAACAUUACCGAAUCGGUUUUUUAUCCACCUGAGUUGAGACAAUUUACUCCCCUCUUCAAGGUGCUUUGAGGUGAAAAAAAUGUUUCUUAAAACGCAGUUGUCUUGGAACGUGUUAGUUCCUGCUGAGAACCUCGAUACUGAAGGACUGAUACUCCAAAGGGCCAUAUUGACUCACCUCUUGGAUGACUUUGCUACAAAGAAGGCUGUUAAAGAUAUAGGUUACUUCAUUGCCGUAACCACUUUGGACCGCAUUGGCGAGGGAUUAAUCAGCCAGCAGUCCGGGGCCCUCCUAUUCCCAGUGGAUUUCAGUUGCAUAACAUUCAAGAUCCUCCCAGGCGAGACCCUGGAAGGCGUUGUCCACAAGGUUCUGAAACACGGCAUAUUCUUAAGAUGCGGGCCUGCUGAGAAGGUAUACAUCUCUCACCACAAGAUGGCUGGCUAUGAAUAUGUGCCCGGAGAGAACCCGUGCUUUGUGAAUGACAAGCGAUUGAAGAUCGAAAAUGGCUCGUUGGUGCGAGUCACGGUGAUUGCUGAGAGGUAUGAUGAGGCUGAGAAAGAUUUUCGAGCCCUUGUCAGCUUGGAAGGUGACUUUCUCGGGCCUGUGUAAUCUGCAACUUCUUAGCAUAAGUAUUUCUGUGUGCCGAUUGUUGUGGAAUGUUGUAGAGGCAGUUUGAGCUUCUGAGCUAAUACCUCCUAUAUAUAUAACUUGUUCAUCAUGUUAAAUGAGUUUCGUUUGACCUCUCCAA